AUGACGACACCAACACCGUACAACGUCUUCACAGGCAUCUACAGGGUCAAGGGAGAUGAUGAAUUCGGCAUGUCGAGAGAAGAAUGCCAGAAGCUCAUCGAUGAGCUUCCCACAUACCUGUCUCCCCAGGAGAUCGAGGAAUGGGAUCGAGAGACCGACCCCGACAUGCUUGAUCUGUCCCUGGAUCUGGAAGGUCUUGUGCAGGACAAGACGGGCGCCGUCCUACGGAAGCCAGACCAUGCCUCGUGUGCCUACCUCUCCCGGCUGGUGGGCGACACAUCCCCGCCACAAAGAGUCACACAACGGUGGCUGAAGCUUGCUGAAUACUUGGGAAUGCCAAACAACGCUGAGGACGACUCAGACUAUAGCCUAUGUGCGAGUGCUUUGCACCUAGCUCUUUACAGCCAGGAGAUCGAGAUAGGGAGCGAGGCAUAUAAGAAGCUGUUCAAAGAACAGGUAAUUAAUGCGUUAGCUGGAUUCCUAUCCAACCGCAGUUGUGGCCGCCCAGGCAAGAAGGCUCUCCCAGACCUCCUUCGCCAGGUUGAGGAGAUCUGGUACCAGGGUCACAGGGAAGACCUCUAUCUAGUAACAGAGACAGGUCAAUGGCAACGGCCACAAUCACUGGCCGGCGCCACAUACGAGAUUGUUCCAAGCACGUUUGAGUUUCUUAUGGUAAACCAUAUCCUUACCGGAUUUGGUAGGAGCAACUAUUAA